AUGUCCAAUACUGUGAUAACAAAUUACACGGACCUUAAUGGACCUUCUACCAAAACAGACAAUUCCGUAGUUGUUAUUGUAAACAAGGAUGGAUCUCUUUCGGUGGAUCAAAAGCUACUCGGGACUUUAAUGGGGAGUGAUGGUUCUCAAGCAGCAGGUAUAAGUGUUGUCAGAGUUGGUCAUGAGGGAAGACCUGAUGACGCGACUGAUUCUGAAAAUGAAGACGACAAAGUUCCACACGUAACCCUAUCUGUUGAUAGUUAUUAUGAUGAACCAGACAGUAUCAUAAAAUAUGAUAGUGGAGCUGAAAUGUUGCAAUCAUUAAGAAUUGAAACCAGAGAAAACAGUUUAAUUGGCUUCCACAAUGACCACUGCUACACUCCACUUACAUCUCCGAGUCAAACAUUGCCACAAAAGAGUGAAUCAUUUACAUCAACAUAUGAUGAUCCUGUCAUUGAAAUCACUCAUCAGCCACCACCAAAACCAGUGACCACACCGAAGAAAAUUGCAAUAUUAGAUCAAAAAAUUAUUCCCAAAGGUAAAAAGAUUAUUCUUACACCAGCAGAGCCAGCUGUUAUUCUCAAAGGUCAUGAUGCUCUAAAUAAACCUUUACCAGUAUUAGCAAAAAGUAAACCUGUUUCUACUUUUGAGAAGACAUUGGAUUCAUCUAAAGAAGAUGAACAAAGUGAAUCCUCCACACAGAGCUCUUCAGGAGAAAGUAUUCCAGACCGUGACUCUGAUUCAGAUUAUAAGGAUACAAAAGACAGAUCCGUUCCUCAGAAACUAAGAAAAUCUAAAACAAAACCUAGAAUACUGAAAAAUGCACAAUUGUCUAAAGCAGGUAAAUUGGAUCCAAAAAUAGCAUCACGACUUAAGUCAGGUAAGCACUUACGAAAAGAAAUCAAGCAGAAGGUACUAAGUAAAAGUUUAAUUUUGCCUAAGAAGCAAAUAUUGGCUGUACCUGCACCAAAAGAACCUGCACCAACAUUGCAAAAUGUACAGUCUGACCAGAAAGCAACUCCAAAAUCUGUUCCUAAAAUAAUUAAGAAGGAAAAGAAAACACCUGCGCAUGUAUCUGCACUCUUGUCGGACAUGACAUCACUGUUUUCAUCUCCAGAUGUCAUAAGAAGAGUUUCCACUGAGACCAAGAUAGUCCCUGGGAAAGAUCAGUCUGGUGUAAAAAAACCAGAAUCAAGCAAUGAAAAAACAAUGGAGGUGACAAAAGGACUGGAAAAUAUUGAACCAAAAACAUCUAUCCCUAAAACUUUGACAAAGAAAAUUACAGGGAAUGUCACUGAAAAAGUCAAAGCUUAUGAUCCUAUACCGCAACUUGAUGAUGCCAGUCUAGCACAAAUACUUCAAGAUACUACAACAAACAAAGUAAACCCUAGUAUAACAGCUGCCAAUGUUAUCAGUCCUGGAUUGGCGGGUCCACUAUCCCCGACUUUGGAUUUGUUAGCAGGUUUACAACCAGAAGAAGAUGGUUUGACAGAGGACCUUCUUUUGCAUGUAGCCCAGCUGGUCGAAAGUUCAGAGAACCUUCAAGAAGUACUGGAUAAGCAAGUACUUGGAAAAGUUGAUGCAAUUGCACCCAAACUAGCUCAACAGCCACAAACAUAUUCUCAAACACAGAUUCCAAACACGCAGUCUUCUUUGCACAUGCAGAUGCAGACACCGUCUCAAGUUAUUUACACACAAAGCCCAGUGAAAGCUAAGACAAUGGUUCCUCGUAAGGAUCCUAUAGAGAUAGUGCGACGAGAUGGUAGAGUGAUAACUUUGCCACCAAUUGAGGCUCCAGCAACGAGAUCUUCUAAGAGGAAGAGCCAAGUAGAACCACAUGUUAUACAGGAAACUCCACCUGCUCCCAUUCCACCAGUAUCUGUCACUCCUGAGCCAAUCGUACAGAUUGUUUCAAAACAAUAUACUAACAGAAAGUUGAUGAAAAAGCUGGAGCAGUCACCUAUCAUGGAAAAAUCUGCAGAAUCUCAAGAAAGUUGGAAUUCUGAAGAUGAUCCUAACAGGUUAUGGUGCAUAUGCAAACAACCACAUAACAACCGCUUCAUGAUAUGCUGUGAUGGUUGUGAAGACUGGUUCCAUGGGAAGUGCGUUAACAUAACCAAGGCAAUGGGCCAGCAAAUGGAGGAGCAGGGCAUAGAAUGGAGGUGUCCAAAAUGUGUUAAGAAGACGCCUAAAGGCUCUUCCAAGGUACCCACUGUGCAGAAAACAAUAGACACGACGCCACCCGGCGGGCUAAAGGACUUAAUGAAAGCUGGUUGUAUAGUCUGCAAAAAAGCAGCACGAGCCAGUAGCAUCUACUGCAGUGAUGCCUGUAUUUUGAAACAUGCGCAGGAUUCCCUCGGCUCAAACAAAUCAGAUCCCUCCCAAGGCAAGACAGUUGAUAAAGGUGCUGAAUCCAGGGUUAUAGUAUACGAGAGAAAAUCGGGUAGGUUAUUAGCAGGACCAAAUGCGCCGACACCCGAAAAUUUGAAGAGUUGGCUCCAAAGGAAUCCCACAUUUGAAGUGGUUAGACCGGGUACACUGAGUGCAAUAAAACCGAAUGUUAUGCGCAAGAGGUCUCAGGAUGCGUCAAAUAAGAUACAAACGACCCUCAACUUUGCAAAGAUACCAAGAAAGAAUACAGAUCAGCCGCCCAUGGUCAAAUCGCCACAGUGGGAAUCAAAAAAGGCAGACAGUGCCCCGUCUGAGCUGAGGCAGUCGGAAAAGACUAAAUCCGUGCUGUCACAACGGGAGCAGACCAAAAUAACUCUUACACCACGAGGCACCCUAAAACUUCUAACCCCGAGAGAUGAAUCUAGAGUGACACCCCAUCCGAAAACUCCUACAACGCCCAAGCCUAAUCAGAACCUUCCAGAGACACCUAAAAGUUCGAUAGAGAGUAGGAAGAACCGAGCAGUGAGUAGAUCAAUGGCGUCUGCUGAAAAGGCGAGCGCAGUGCCACAACUCACGCCGCGCCGCAAAGAUUCGCAGGACAAGAAGAAAAUGGACUCGGAAGAGGAAAUACGGGAAAACGUGCGGAAAUCCCUUCAGGAACAAAUCAGUUUGCGGAUGGCGGAGAACGAGGGGAAUAAACUCAGUGAAGACGAAAUACAACAGUACGCGGUCGAUACUGAAUCAGAACUAUUCGAAUUGUUCAACUACGAUGUCGGAAUGAAGUAUAAGGCCAAAUAUAGAUCGCUCAUGUUCAAUAUUAAGGAUCGCAAGAACUUGUCGCUUUGGAGGAAAAUAUGCGAAAAGAAAUUAAAGCCCAGUGAACUGGUACGUCUUUCCCCGGAGGAACUGGCUAGUCAGGAACUCGCGCAGUGGAGGGAGGAAGAAUCUAAACAUCAGUUAGAACUCAUAAAGAAAUCUGAAAUCGAUCUCUUGGCCGCCAGCAAAACUUAUGUCCUCAAAACACACAAGGGUGAAGAGGUUAUGGAGACUAAAGAGUCUGUUUCCACUGAAUUGGAUCCGAAUGUACCCGUUGAGGACUUGGUUACGGUUCUCAACGAUGCCGUCGGUGAUGGUCUACCGCCCCCCUCUAAAAAUGAUGAAACCAACAAAACGAAAGACACAAAGAAAAAGUCAAGCAACGGCCGGAAGAAGGACAAGAAAUCGAGUCACUCCAAGAAGGAACGGGAAACAAAGCGGGAUUCUGAGAAGAGGAAGUCCAGGUCUUCACGGUCGGAGGUCGAGAGGGAGCACCGAUCGACGCGCAGUUCUAAGAAGUCCAGGUCUUCGCGUUCAGAGUCGAAAGAGAGAAAGGCUCAGGAGAAGUCGGAUCCCGAGAGAUCAAGACGAAGAUCACGGUCUCGCGGGAAGUCUAAGAAGCGUUCCCGGGAACGUUCACGAUCGGAAUCUCGCGACAGCUCCAAGCGGCGUCGAUCGCGUUCAGUGAGAAAAAGCAUCACCGAUGACAAACACCGAUCUCGAUCACAGGAAACAACUAAGAACAAGAAUGAUUCAACAGAUUCUGACUCAAUAGAGCGGCCCAAGUCUGCUAUGUUAAAGGAGGUACAUCCAGAGUACGACCCUCAUGAACCGAUGAUCACCUCGGCUUUCUCCGAAGACGAUUUGCAGAAGACCCGCGACGAUACAGACGAAGAGGCGUACAAGAACGAAAUCAGCGAAUAUGGAAACGUCGAUAUCGGUUCCAUUAAAUCGUUUGCUGUUAAAACUGAAUUGCCGCUACCCAAAACAGUAAAGGAGAAGGCGUCUGUUGAAGUUGAGAGCGACCAGGAGCCCAGCAGUACUGUGGAAAAUGCAGCAGCAACCGUUUGGAACGGAUGCAUCAACAUGGUGGAUGUGGCUAGAUUCUAUGUUGCUGCACAUGAGGUAUCAGGAAACGCGACAGAUUUAGAAGACGAUCUCACGGCGGAAUUGGACAUAGUCGGGCGGAUAAACCCGGACACAGUGUGGGACUACAUCGGCAAGAUGAAGCGCACGAGUAACAAGGACAUCGUCAUAUUACGGCUGCAGGCGGCCAACGACGAGGAGAAGAUGCAAUACAUCGCCCUUUAUAGCUAUUUAAGUAGUCGUAAUAGAUUGGGCGUAGUCAAAGUGAGAAACACGGCCACCGUCAAGGACUUCUAUAUUCUUCCGCUGUCAGCGAACACGGCUCUGCCGCCCGUGCUGCUGCCGCUAGACGGACCAGGCCUCGGCGACGUCAAGACCCACCUCCUAAUCGCCAUUAUCAUUAGGCAACGCAAGAAACGACCCUUACUCAUGCCCAAAGAUAUACCAGCUAAGGUUGCUCGAGAAUCGCGCAAGAAAUCAUACACCCCGCCAUUAUCCCCUCGCAGCCGGCCGAUGACCCUUCCAACUUACACGUCCUCUGCUCUCUCCUCUACGGUCAAAGACAAAAUUGCUGCUUCAUUAGGUAAUUUAACCGCCGAUGACGAUGAGCCGUACAGUCCAGGUUCUUCGAACAGCAGCAGCGGACUGCCACCAGCUGCGUUGCCAGCCCACAACCUCCGCAACAAAAUGGAGGAACUCAACAGACAAAUCGAGGAACAAAAGCAGCAGAUAUUUAAAAUGGCACAAGCCGAUUCAUCCAUACAGAGUGCAGAUAAUGAAGCUUAUUCCCCUUCGAGGCCGCUGUCACCGGCGGUACCAGUGCUGCCCAGCGCCAAUCCUCUGGCAGACAUUUCCCUACCUUCCAACCUUCAAGAAAUACUUGCCACAAUCAAACAGCGGUCAGAAACUACCGCCGAUGUCGAUAUGCGCACAGGUCACAUGCCCUAA